AUGGUGGCCACCUGCCUGCACCUGGCCGGGUUUGUCUGCAGCUUCAUCGGGUGGAUCGGGGUGGUGGUGGCCACCGCCACCAACGACUGGGUGGUGACCUGCGGCUACACCAUCACCACCUGCCGCAAAAUGGACGAGCUGGGCUCCAAGGGGCUGUGGGCAGACUGCGUCAUGGCGACGGGCCUCUACCACUGCAAGCCGCUGGUGGACAUCCUCAUCCUGCCAGGCUAUGUCCAGGCGUGCCGAGCGCUGAUGAUCGCCGCCUCCGUGCUGGGCCUCCCCGCCAUCUUCCUGCUCAUCACCGUGCUGCCCUGCAUCCGGAUGGGCCACGAGCCCGGCGCCGCCAAGUACCGCCGCUCCCAGCUGGGGGGGAUCCUCAUCAUCCUCCUGGCCAUGUGCGGUGUGGUAGCCACCAUCUGGUUCCCCGUCUGCGCCCACCGUGAAACCACCAUCAUGAGCUUUGGAUACUCCCUGUACACGGGCUGGAUCGGCUCUGCCCUCUGCCUCUUUGGUGGCUGCGUCAUCGUCUGCUGCUCGGGGGAUGCUCAGACCUUCGGCGAGAAUCGCUUCUACUACGCCUCGGGCUCCAGCUCCCCCACCCAUGCUAAGAGUGCCCACGUCUGAGCUCCCACACCCGCUGGCUCUGCACACAUGGGUUCACUUCUCCUGGCACUCGCUGCUGUUGUGCUCCCCGGAAAGGUUUUAAAACAGCAGCCCGAGCGCCCGGCAGUCCCAAGUGUUGUUGUCCCCACUGUUGUCCCCUUCUCUGGAAAACAAGCCCCAGCCCCCACUCCCACCUGUUUCACCCUCCCCAUCCUCCUGCCCCAGGGGUGGUGUGUGGGCCUCAGGUGGGUUUGGGGUUUUUUACUUUACUGCUCAUCAAGAGAGCUUAAAGCAGCAAAGCAGACGUGAGAGGCACUUCCCCGCUGCCGAGGGCUCCUGCACGUCCCCUUUUGCUUUCCAGUCCCCGAGGUCACCGCUCUGGCACAGUCUGGGAGCAAGGGCUGAGGGAGGUGCACCCUCCCAACAGGCAAAUGUUUCUCUUUUGGAACAGUAGGGGAUUUUUUCUGCCUUUCUCUGUAAAUACUUUUGUAUGGAUUCGAUCGUUUUAGUAACAUUGUUUCCCCCACUCCCCGGGUCAUCAGUAUGAAGGAAACAGAACCCAAAGGUCCUAACGCUGCGAUAUGUAACAGUGUCUGUAUAUAGUUCCAAUGACUCUGGGGGCUCUAAUCCCCACACUCUUUC